AUGGAUUUCAAUGCCAUAUCGGAGAAUGCUUCGAGGCUGGGGGCUCGCUUGCAAGAGACAUUCUCAGAGCAUACCAGGGACCUAAACCUUGCCCGGGCCUCGAGCUCGGCGUACCUGGACAAUCCGGAGGAGAAGGUGAAGAACAUUAAGAAACAGCUCGACUCGAAUAGCGACAGGGAAAAACUGGAGGCAAUGAAGCGACUCAUAGCGCUCAUUUCGAAAGGCCGCAAUGUCUCUGAAUUCUUCGCUCAUGUCGUCAAGAAUGUCGCGUCUCAUAAUCUCGAGGUCCGCAAGCUCGUCUACAUCUACCUGCUCCGUUAUGCGGAACAGGAGCCCGACCUCGCCCUGCUCUCUAUCAACACAUUUCAGAAAGACCUCUCCGACCCGAGCCCCCUCAUUCGCGCCAUGGCCCUCCGCGUUCUCUCGGGAAUACGUGUGCCCAUGAUAGGCAGCAUUGUUGUGCUCGCCAUCAAGAAAUGCGCCGCGGACAUCAGUCCGUACGUGCGCAAAGCCGCAGCGCUCGCCAUCCCCAAGUGCUACAGCUUAGACCCAUCUCAUCAGCCGGAGCUCAUUACCAUCAUCUCAACACUCCUGCGUGACCGGUCGCCCCUCUCCGCGGGGAGUGUUGCUGUCGCAUUCUCGGAAGUCUGUCCUACCCGCCUGGAUCUAUUGCACCCACACUAUCGACGGCUUUGUCGGACAUUGAUCGACGUUGAUGAAUGGGGUCAGGUUGAUCUACUCAACCUGCUAACGCGCUAUGCUCGCACCAUGUUGCCGCGACACACAGUGAGCGCGGACUCUGGUGCAGAAGAGAUAGACAGCGACCUCAAGCUUGUGCUCACGUCUGCGGAGCCGUUGUUUCAGUCACAGAAUCCUUCGGUCGUCCUUGCAGUUGCACGAGUCUUUUAUUACCUUGGACCACCGUCAGAAGUCUCCAAGGUUGUCUGCCCACUAUUACGUCUGCUACCCACAGCGCCAGAAGUAGAACGCGUCGUGCUUGCCCACUUGGGCACGGUACUCAUUGGCAUUCAGCAAGCGCUGUCUCCUUUCUACAACCGAUUGCUCGUACGCGCAGAUGAUGUGCGACAGGUCAAGAAGGACAAAGUACGACUCCUCUGCGCAGUCAUCUCAACGGAUAACUACCAACCUCUGCUGCGGGAGUUUAUUACGUACGCGGAUGACACAGACGAUGAACUAGUGGCAGAUGCGAUACGUGCUAUUGGGUACUGUGCGCGCCUUAUCCCGGAUUCAACACAGCAAUGUUUGACGGCCCUGAUGUCUUUUAUUCAGAGCAAAUACGAUGUCGUCGUUGCCCAUGCCGUCCUCGUGCUGAAAUCGCUCGUGCAGAUCAGGUUGCAGUCUCCCGUCUCUGCAUCUAUUUCUGCAAGCACUUCCACCUCCCCUCUCUCCAUCAUUGCUCGUCUUGCAUGGCGCAUCGACGAGAUUCAUCAUCCCAAAGCGCGUGCAUGCGUACUAUGGCUCGUUGGGCAGUACGCCGCGGUUGAGACUCAGGAGAACGGAGCAAGCCUACAUGCCGGCAUCGAGGGCGUCGCGGAUUGGGCCCCUGAUGUUCUCCGGAAGUCAGUCAAAUCAUUUGCCGCCGAGGCACCUAUCGUCAAGCUGCAGAUCCUGACGCUUGCCGCGAAGCUGCUCGUUUUGUGCCCGACAGACCGCACGCUUGAAUUGCUGAGCCGCUAUGCUUUCGCUUUAGCUCGCUAUGAUCUGGACUUCGACGUACGAGACCGCGCACGUAUGUUGAGUUCGCUGCUGUCUGGCGUGAACGCUGCUGUCGUGCACGACGGGGAGUCGUACGAGGAUCCAGGGGGUGUCACGCUGAGACGCGAGCAAGUCAGGAUGAUCCUGUUUGAAGGCAAGCUUGGUGUGUCAGAGCCCUCAGAUUUCGGUAUGUCCGGUUCAGCGGUCAUUUCCCGAAUUGUAGGGCUGACAUGA